AUGGCUGAGGUAGUGCGAACGAAUAAGGGGCAGGAUCGUCCUACGACUGAGUUGGGUUGCUCUAUUGAGCAAUUCACUAGGUUGAAGCCCUCGGUUUUUGUGGGCAGUGCAGAUCCAGUUUGUGCUAAGAAUUGGAUCCAGGAGAUCAAGAAGAUCCUAGAUGUUUUGAACUACACAGAGAGGCAGAAAGUCACAUUCGCCACGUUUAAGUUGGCCGGGGAGGCUGAAAGAUGGUGGGUGUCUGUAAAGUAUAUGGAAGAGCACCGACCGAUACCAAUAGCAUUGACGUGGGCCCGGUUCAAAGAGCUUUUCUUUAAACAUUAUUUUUCGGCCAUGGUUAGAAACAUGAAGAUGGAAGAAUUCAUGAAUCUGACGCAGGAAUCGCUGACAGUGCAGCAGUACGCUACCAAAUUCCAGGAGUUGUCUCGAUUCGCUCCAUUUGUGAUUCCCGAUGAGGCGAAGAAGGCCUAA